CCCGACUCUGAUGCGAUAUUAAGCCCUUAAAUGUCGUGCGUGUGGAAUUCUCAGUCAACUUCUCUUCCUACUUGACUUCUUUCCCAUGGAGUUAUCGAGACGUUUGCUGUCUCGUAAGAGUCAAGCACCACGCGAUCAUGCCUUCCGGCACCGCCACCUCGUCCCCAAGGCUGCCACUUCAUAACAAAAAAUGCCAGUAACUAAGGAAGAUUUGGAUUCGGCGGAUCCAGUCACCCUCGAUCUCUCGGACAUUGGCAACCCUGGUGGCAAAGAACGUCUUGCUGCACAGCUCAAGGAUGCCAUUCAGACUGAUAGCUUCUUCUAUCUCAUAAACCUUGGACUUUCGCAAGACGAGGUUAACGAGCAGUUCCAACUGGCUGAGAAGCCAUUUCAAAUUCUAGAAGAGGAGAAGAUCAAGUAUAAGACCAACGCUUCUUUGCCAGGCAGGUGGUGCUCUUGGAUACCUACAAGGAGCGGGGUUCGAAGUCAGCCAUUGCUGGCUUUCUGGUUCGCUGGCGGGAACUAUGCUCUGGGAGACAAGAGUUGCUCGCGGAUGUAUUUAGAGAGCUAAGAGGGUAAAAGAGGAUGUAAUUAUAUCACGACUCAGUAUUCCAUCUUGGGAUCCUGCUUCGCCCCCUGUACCUCACCCAAAAACCCAACUCGAUCCUUGACAUACAACUCCACAUCCACGCUCCCCAAAUCAGCCUUCCCACCAUCCAGUCCACCGGCUUUGAUGAACAUCAUGGUUGGCACGACUUCCAGCUCUGUGUACAGCGAGCUUCCGCAGUUGCUGCAGAAGUAAUGUUUGUUGAUUUUUCCCGAGUCGCCUGUGGCGUCGUAGGUCUUUAAAUGGUCUUUGCCGCAGAGGAGGGUGAAUGAUGUGCGUGGUACACCGACGUUGGUGGUGUAGGCACCGCCAGACCAUUUUUGACAAUCGGUACAGUGGCAGAUGGCCUUGACUGCCGGUCCUCC